AUUUCAUUCUUUUUUUUUCUUCGUGUUGUCGUCGUCCGUCUGUCGCUGCCUGCGCUGACGUCGCAGUCGCAGUCGCUGUCGCUGUCGUCGUCGCUGUCGAGGUUUUUGCGCUAUCGCUGUGAACAGCGCUGUCAGCGUCACGUAUCCGUUCGGUACUCAGUCUUGUGAAGACAACCGGCAGAUAGAGACGACACCAAAUCAAACCAAAUCAAAUCACAAAUAAAACCGAAUUCGAAAAUCAUCUAACCAAGGAAUAACUGCUCUAAAAUAUUACGCAUACGCAACGUGUGCCACAAAUAAAAAAAAAAGACAUUGAUCUCAUCAAAUCGCUUUUACGCUCUCUUUCUGCCAUGUCGCGUCGCGUUGUUGUCUCGCUCUUGUGUUGCAUAUGAUUUGCUGUUUUUAUUAUUAUUUUUAUUUACUUGAAACACUUUUUGCAUUGUGAUAACUUUAGAAGAGGAGAAACGUGAAACGAAGACGUUUGUUAACUUUGUAAAAAUUGAACGGCUUCAAAAUGAUAUUCGAUCGUUAUGUUAUAUCAGGCUCCAACGGUGACAACGGCGACUACGAUCCGAGCGUGGUGCGGCAUCAUCAUCACCAUCAUCAUCAUUUGGAUCUGAGUGCAACGACGCAUCACGGUUCAACAGGAUUCUCGGGUUUGCCGCCGGCGCAUUUAGCUGCCACACUUGGCAGCCCAAGUUCAUCGGGUGGUCGCCCCGAUUCGGAUUCAUUUGUUGCUCGCCACCUGCCACCGACGAUAUCGCCUCCCUCGCCCACAUCGUCGACCAGCAGCAACAACAUGCAACGCCAGCAACAGCAACAACAGCAACGUCACUUGCGUCCCAAUUCAUCAGCCGCUGCUGCCGUCGCCGCCUCGGCUGCUGCCUCGCUUUCGGCCUCCAGAGCGGGACUCGAACAUCUGCUGAGCGAUGAGCACGCGGAGCGUCUGCUGAUCGAUAUGGCGAGACUCCGCGAGCCCGUCUCCAAUCUCGAUAUUCGUGAUAAUGGCGUCUUUGCCAAGACUUAUCUGCCCCGCGGCACCCGCUACGGACCCUUUCCCAUGCAUCUCUGCCAGCAGCCCAGCGAACGACAUUUGGCCUGGGAGGUAAUUGCUGGACCGCUGUUUCAUGGCUGGCUCGAGCCCUCAGCGGAUGUGGCCACAUGGCUGAAAAAAAUACGCGCCGUGCAAAUCGAUGAAAUCGAAGAGGCUAAUUUAAGGAACUUUAUCAUUGCCGGCUAUCUGUGGUACGAGACGAAGCGGGAUGUGAAUGCAGGCGCCGAAAUUGUGGUCGAUGCACGUCCCAAAAGUCCCUACGAUAUCAGUGACAGUUUUCCUGGCGCCGGAGUGGGGGGAGGUGCGGCGGCGGCUGCCGCAGCAGCAGCAGCGGUGGCAACAGUAGCCAACAACAACAAUAACAACAAUAGCAGUAGCAACAACAACAACAAUAGCUUAUUAAGCAACGAUGAUCGCAGUGAUCGAGAUAAUGGUUCCCAUUAUAGCGGUGACGAGUACACCAAGGAGAAGAAGGGCGAUAACGAUUUUACAGACGACGAAAACGGUUUCGAUAUACGCUGUGAGGUCUGUGAUAAUGUCUAUACGGAUUUAGAACGUCUGGAUGAUCAUUUGGUUGGCGCACAUCAUUUCAAGCGUGGAGAAUUCGCCUGCGAACUUUGUGGCCAACGAUUCUGCCAUCGUCCUUUGCUAAUCAAACACGGAGCUAUCGCCCACAACAAUAUCCGGAAAUAUUCCUGCGAAAACUGUUCCAAGGUAUUCUGUGACCCAUCGAAUCUACAGCGUCAUAUUCGCGCCUAUCACGUUGGAGCUCGCAGUCAUCCGUGUCCGGAGUGCGGCAAGACAUUUGCCACCUCGUCGGGGCUGAAGCAACAUCAGCACAUCCACUCAUCGGUCAAGCCCUUUGUCUGCGAAGUCUGCUUCAAGGCGUACACGCAAUUCUCGAACCUGUGUCGCCAUCGUCGCAUGCACGCCGAUUGCCGUGUUCAAAUCAAUUGCAAGAAGUGCAACACCAGCUUCAAUUCGGUCACCUCGCUCUCUAAGCACAAGAAAUUCUGCGACACCACCGAAACUUUCCGGAGUCAUCAUCAUUCACAGUCGCGACUGCAUCAUAAUCAUCACCAUCAUCAUCAUCAUCACCAGCAGCAGCAGCAGCAACAGCAGCAGCAACAACAACCGCCACCUUUGAUCUUGCCACCUGGUGCUCAUCAGCGUCUUGCCGCAGCUGCCGCCGCCGCCUCGAACAGCAGCAACACUAACAGCAACAACAGCAACUCUAAUCCCAACCCUAACUCGAGCAGCGAUUCUGCAAGUUCAGCAAACAUGGCGACGCCACCAAAUCAUCUGUUUAUGAUGCGUCCGAGCUCCUCGUUCUUUGCCAGCUUUCCACACUACGGCCUGCCCAACUUCUUUACACCCGGCCUGCAGCAAGCGGGCAACUUUCCGCUGCCGCACAUGUUUCCCAAUCAUCCGCAGCUGGCGGAAAUGGGUCGCGGUAUAGGACCGCUCAUGUUCCCCAAUGCCGCCUUCCAGCAGCAACUGCAGGCUGCGAUGAACAUCAAGGCGGAGGAUUCGCCAUCGCGGCUCAAACGCGAUUCCAGUUCACCGGAGCAGCGGAAAUUGAUCAAGUCCGAAACGCAGGUCAGCGACGAGGAAGAGGAGGAGGAGGAAGUUGAAGACGAGCUGCUGGAGCAUGAAGUGGAACAGGAUGCAGAGCUACAGCUGAAGGCGGCAGCCAACCUGAAGCUCGAUUCGAGUAAGAUCAAAAGAGAAGGAACAUUGCAAGCGGAUGAGGAGGAGGAAGAGAAUGAUCCGGACAAUGAUAGAAAAUCCAUUGACAUUGUCAGCACUCCGCCGCCCGUCGAUGGCGAUUCCGAGCCGGAAGCUGAGCCGGAGAAAAGCAGCGCUGAGUUGCCCCUGGACUUGUCCAUUGCCAGUCGCAAGCGUCGCAGCUCCGCCAGCCUCAACUAUAUGCCGCUCACGAGUCGCACGCCCACGCCCGAGUUGGAGCAACCGCCUCCAGCGAAGCUGGCCAAGCACAGCAACAACAACAGCAACAACAACAGUUCGGCGGAAUCCUCGUCCACCUCACGGCUGUCCUACAAGGGCAGCAGUCCAACGCAUAGCGCCAGUGCGUCGCCAGCACCGCACAGCACUCCCUCGCCUCCGAUCAGCACCGGGGGUGAGCUGAGCAGCAUGUCGGAGAGUGCGGCAGCAGCCACAGCAUCCGCAACCGCAGCUGCAGCCGCUGCAGUCUCCGCCUUGGCUUGUCCACGUCCUCAGAUGCAUCCGCAUCUGCUGUUGGAGGAGCUGUAUCGCAAUCGUUUCUCAACGCCACCGUUUCCUUUUUUAGGCCAAAUGGGCGGACGGCCAGGUAUUGAGUCGCCACUUGCUGGAGCGUUUGCUCCGUGCAGCAGCGUCUCACGUCAUCUGUCGUGUCCGCCCGAGCACACUUUCCGCAAAGCGUUGCGUGCCGCCGGCCUCUCAGCCGCUUGUCCCCCCAUCGCCGCCAGCCACAGCAGCAGCGGAGGCGGUGGAGGUGGUGGAGGUGGAGGAGGACGCUUAAAGGAUCGCUACACGUGCAGGUUUUGUGGGAAAGUGUUUCCGCGUUCCGCGAACCUCACGCGACAUCUGCGCACACACACCGGGGAGCAACCGUACAAAUGUGAGUACUGCGAUCGCUCGUUCAGCAUCUCGUCGAAUCUGCAGCGUCAUGUGCGCAACAUCCACAACAAGGAGCGACCCUUCAAGUGCGAGAUCUGUGAUCGCAGCUUUGGCCAGCAGACGAAUCUCGAUCGGCAUGUGAAGAAACACGAAGCGGAUGCCGCUGGCUUCGAGUAUCACGAUUCGCCCAGUUCUAAUGAGGCCAAGGAGCGCGAUGAGGCCUGCUUCGAUGAUAUUCGUUCGUUCAUGAAGGGCGUGUACACGCCCACAAGUCUUGGGGGUGCCGAUGGCGAUACGGAGGAAUAUGCGGGCAGUGAUGAUCAGUUGUCGGUGUCGACGCGACAAUCGGCUAAUUUCGACAAGGAAUUGCUGGUCAACAAUAACAACAACAACACUGACAACAAUCACAAUAGCAACAGCAGCAGCAGCAGCAACCACAACAGCACCAGCAACAACAACAAUAAUCCCACAGCUCUGAGCGAAACGAUCGCAGUGAGCACCUAAGAAAGUCAGAAAGAAAAAAAUCAAACAGGGAAGUUUUCCUGCUACUAAAAAACUUACUUUAAACUUUUACUUAAGCGUGUGCCUCCAAGAGGGAAAAACUAAUCGUUAAGUAGUUCGCAUUUUCCUUCUAGAUACUUAUUUAUCAAUGUAACUAACAUAAAUUCAACAACAACAAAAAAAAAAAAUACUAAAAAAAACUUUGAAAAAAAAAACAAUUUAACUACUCGUAGCUAUGCAAUCAAUGGAAAAAGACGGUGAAGUAAACACAAGAAAAACUAAAAAAAAAAUAUAUAUAUAUA